ACAUACACAAACCCUAAGAGGAGUGCCCGUGCUGUUCUUUAUAUAAACACAGAGAAACCACCAGGUUCUAGACACAAACCUGCACACAUAUUGACACAGGUACACACGUUCAGGCACAUACACCCAUUCCUCCAGACUACAGAUAUGGACUGCUCCAUGGCCCUCCUGUUGUCCUCUCUGUUGGCUCUGUUCAGCGUGGGGGCGGGAGCUUCACUCUCAUUGCAUGUAGUGAGGACCAAGGUCAAAGACCUUGCUCAAACCAUGGUGAUUAGGAUCAAAAAGCUGGAUAUAUCUCCUAACCUGAUCGAGGGCAUGGACCCAUUUCUCCCUGCGGCUGCAGUAGAUCAGCAUAUAGAAAGCCUGCCUUCCAUAGUGGAGACCAUGGGAUUCUACCAGGACCUACUGCUCGUCCUAGACUGGGCAGACCUCAAACAGCUGGUGGAAGACACCUCCACUAUGAGGGGUCUGCUGGAGAACUGGAUGACAUCACGCUGCCCAGCCCGCCAACAGAAACAGACAGGAGAGGGAGGGCUGUCAGAGGCUCUGAAAGACACUACCAGGAAGUAUGGUCUGAGUGUGGGUCCAGUUGCGCUAAACAGACUCAAGGGCUACCUUGGUCGGUUACUACUGAACCUGGAUCAGCUGAAUUACUGUUACUAAUGUUGACAAUCACUGAGCAACUGAACUCAGAUCAGUUUGUGCCAUGCUGAACAACUGUUACUGACAGUGACUGUCACUGAGUAACUGAACUAUGAUCAACUCGUGAUCUGCUGAAAUCCUAGAAUGAGUUGAAGCAAGACUGGACAGUGGGGUCAUGGUGUCUGAAGAUUCUCCCAAAUGUAGGUCAUCCCACUGUCACCAUCUCCUGCUAAGUUAAGACAUUUUAUAUUGUAUUAUUUAGACAAGGACUGUAUCUUUAUUUAUAUUUAUUUCUAUCAA